AUGGGUUCCCAAUGCUCGCGCCCUUCGCUGGGGUCACCUGCACGCGGGCUCGUCAUGCACUUGGCCAGUGCGGACAGAGAACCCCGUGAACGGGAGACCCCACCGCCUCUCGUCAGUUCCAGCAGUUCGCCUUGCGAGCAGUCUGAUUGUGAUUCAAUUGGCAGUGGAACCCUGAGCAACAGCGAAAGUUGUGCAUCGAAUGUCGUCUCCCCGUUGGAGUCGCCGCCGCCGUGGAUGUUGAGUGAGAGCUGUUUUUCUGCUUCGUUGUUUCAUGCGCCGAAUCGUAUGGGACGAAGCUUUGAAACAACUUCAGGGCAAAGUAGCCAAAAAGGGCGUCGAACGAGGAGCAGAUUACUGACACAUUCGCUGCCGGACCGCAUCAACGCAGAAGACGCGCGAUGGCACGUCGCGCGAAAGCUGUCCACUACGAUUACUUCAGCUGCUCUUGGCGAAAGUCAGUUGAAGUCCGCAGUAUCUCGCAGGCGCCACCCGCAGGGCCAUUAUUCGACGCAAUCAGACAACUGCGUCUCGGUCGUGAACCCGCCGAGUCCAGACCCGCAAACCAAACUAGACGAACCAACCAGGCGGAUGUUUCUGGAGUUCUACCACAGGAAUCGCAAGGAACAAAGACGUCACGAGCAAGUUCUCAGAGCUGCUUCGCGGGUUGUGGACCGUUCAUUUGCAAGUUGCCCAGCAUUCGCUUCCGCGGUUUCCUUGGAAACAAUUCAGGAGAAGUGCCCCCGAAGCCCUGUGCCUGCAGAUACGCUUGCACGCCAAGAGGCAGAGGCGCUGGCAGUCGAAGCCCUUGAUGUCUUUAGUCCGGAUGAAAAGUACACUCGUCUAGAUGAGUUCCUGGCCCUCGUUAACGCAAUUCAAAACGAAUACCAGUCGGAAAGGCACAGAGGCCGUGCCAUCCGAGGCCCUAAUCGUGCCUCGACAUUCGGCGCGCUGCGGACACCGCCAGAACGGGACUGA